AUAAUUUGGAAGUGAUGAACUCAAAAUUUAAGUCAAAGAAUUACAACUACAGAUAAGGCAUUUAGGGUGAGUAAUGUAAUAUACUCUCGAAAAAUUAUAUUGAAUAAUCUGAAUAGCUUGAAAAGAAAUCCUAAAAUAUCAAACAAAGCAAAAAAUAUAUUAGUCCUAAUGAAAGUCUCUCUUGAACCUGAUUUAAAAUGAUGAUAUAUCAAUAAUAUUGUUAUUUUUUAUCAUUCCAUUGUUUAUGAUGACGAAAAAAUCUUGCAUCAUUGAAAACGUAAUAUUUAUUGAGAAUCUAGUAUUAUUGAUUGGAGUUAUUUUAUCAAUAAUAAGAAUAUGUAGCCCAUUACUCCUCAACUGUAGUAUAAAAUACAGAAAUGCCAAUCAAAAUACUUUUUAUUCUG